AUGUCGAUGAUAAAUAUUUUCGACGCAGGUGAACCUUUGUUGGAAUUUACGAAUAUUACUAGCUGGGGUUAA